ACCAAAUGUAAGAACUUCCAUCAACUCUGUAGGUAACAACGGUGAGUGAAAUGUUGCUGACUGCGUCUUUUUCCUGAUUCCAGAGCUCCAUUUAAAACGUCGCCAUAGAAAGGAUUCCAUUCAAGCAAACAAAAGGGACGCGGCAGUUCUUUCUAGAAGCUGCACAAUGUUGCCCAGAGGACGAAGAAGACUCCUGCAGGAUCUGUGCUGACAACAACAAGAUCAUCUUCUACGAGGACAGGGACUUCCGGGGCUGCCACUACGAGUGCACCAGCGACUGCACCGACCUGCAGGCCAUGUUCGACCGCUGCCGCUCCAUCCGCGUGGAGAGCGGCAUGUUCAUGAUCUACGACCGCCCGGGUUACCUGGGUAACCAGUGCUUCAUGAGCAGGGGCGACAACCCCGACUACAUGGGCAGCAGCUGCAUGAACGACUGCGUGCGCUCCUGCCGCCUCAUCCCCAUGCACCGCGGCUCCUUCAGGAUGAGGCUGUACGAGCACUUCGACAUGGACGGUCAGAUGAUGGAGCUGACCGGCGACUGUCCCAACCUCAGCGAGCGCUUCCGCGUGUCCAACUGCAACUCGUGCGAUGUGUCCGAGGGCCAUUGGCUCCUGUACGAGCAGCCCAACUACAGGGGGCGCCACUUCUACCUGCGGCCCGGCACCUACAGGAGCUUCAACGAGUGGAGUGGCACCACCUCCAGGGUGGGCUCCGUCAAGCGCCUCAUGGACCUCUAAGGAAGACCGAGAUCCUCGUCAAAUGUCUGCUCUUUGCACUUUCUCACACGCUGAAUAAAAUGGCGUC